CUCUAAUCGUAAAAACAAACUGAAAAGAUGGCUGCGCCCAGACCAAAUUGUUUGUUGGUGCUCAGUGCCGGAAAUGAAGGCGUGUCUGCACAGUCAUUUAUCCAGGCCUACAACCUAGCAAGCUCUAACUUCAACAUCCAGUUGGCAUCUCCAGGGGGUCGCAACGUUGAGUACACUCAGCAGGACGAGAGCAACCGACGAUGGUUCAAUGAAUUUCGUAGCAAGUCAACCUCUACACCUAUUGCGUUGGACACAGUUGAUGCUGCACGGUACAGUGCCCUCCUGCUGCCCUCUGCCCCUGGGGCUCUGUACGACCUGGCCACCGAUCAACACCUGGGACAGAUUCUCUCCCACUUCAUCAGUGAGAAAAAAGGUAUAUGUGCUGUUGGUCAUGGCGUAGCUGGUCUUUUUGCUUCAAAGAAAGAUGGUGGACGUUCCUGGUGUUUUGACAGCUACAGUCUAACAGGACCGUCGGUGUUUGAGCUUGCCCGAUCUACAGAAUUUGCUUCCUUGCCCAUCAUUAUAGAGGAUUUUAUCAAAGACAACGGUGGAAAUUACAACUCUAGUGAACCUGAUGCUGUUCAUAUCAUCAUUGACCGUCACCUGAUCACUGGUCAGAAUGUCCAGUCAACAUUAACAGCGGUACAGAACCUGACACUGAUGUGUGCUCCGAAGCAUGCCAAAGUGAUGAGUCCGCGGUGAUACUGCCAAAGCAACCAUUAUCAAGUUAUUUGACUAUCCAGUCUGUGUUUUAGAGAAAAAAUUGUUCCACUACUCAGUCAGGUUUUUAAGGAACAAAUUGCCCCACUAUCCAGUUAGUGUUUUAAGGGACAGAUUGCCCCACUAUCCAGUCAGGGUUUUAGGGGACAGAUUGCCCCACUAUCUGGUCAGGGUUUUAGGGGACAGAUUGCCCCACUAUCUGGUCAGGGUUUUAGGGGACAGAUUGCCCCACUAUCCAGUCAGGGUUUUAGAGGACAGAUUGUCCCACUAUCCAGUCAGGGUUUUAGGGGACAGAUUGUCCCACAAUCCAGUCAGGGUUUUAGUGGACUGACAAUUGAACCUUCUGUGAUUUGGAGACAAGUUUGCUGUUUUCCUCACACACAAUCCAUGCAGGCACUGUACUUCCCUGUUACAUAUUUCUACUUUAAUUCAUAUUCGUUAUUUAAGAGUAAAAGUGAUUAUCAGAUUAUCUACUAGGAUAAAAAAAAACUUGAUUAUCUACAGAGGUCAAAGGUGACUGGAUUAUCUAAUGGGGUCAAAGGUCACUGGAUUAUCAAAAGAGGUGAAAGGGGGCUGGAUUGGGGUCAUAGAUUACUGGAUUAUCUACUGGGAACAAAGAUGGAUAAAUAUAUUCCUUGCUAUGGAUGGUACAAGACAUUGUUAAUGUUGUUCAGUUAGGUAGCCAUCAAUUUUUUUCAAGCGAGGCAAGAACACUGUUUCCAAAAUGUAAUCCCAGCCCGGGCCCAGGUGGUACUCAGAAGAUUUGAGCCAGUCCCGCUGAAAAAAGCAUGAAACCAGAACAUCCCAAGUCCCAAAAUUCCCUGCUGGACUGCAGAUACAUCAUAUUGCAUUACAGAAACAAUUCAUCCUACACAUAAAUAUUGACCUUUCUGAAAACACUUAAAUAAGAUCAUGGAUAAAAUCAUCUCAAACUAUUUGAAGUCUAUCAGGAACUUUCGUUAUCUUUACCAUAUGUGAAUUUCCUCGUUUUGUGAAGAGUGUGUAUGUUUUCUAUGUGAUAAUUGUCAUUUUAUGUCAAUAGUGUAUUAUGUCAGUGUAAACUGAAAAAAGAAUAUAUUGUGCAAUAAUUAUCAUUUAAUUGUGAUCAAUUUCAUUGUAUAUUUAUGUACUGAUCAUAAGUCAUUCAUUAGGAAAAAGAUAAAUAAAUUAUCUGACAAC